CAUCUUUCCAACCUUUCUUCCUUCCUCUUCUGCAUUCGAAACAUAUUCCGACAAGAGAACCAACCCAACCCAUUAUGCCUGUCGCAAAGGCUAUCGUUGACGACACCGUCCUUGCUGAGACUGCAUCGUGGGAAACGGUCGAAGGCAACAUUUACUUUCCUCCUUCAGCAAUCAAGGAUGAGUCUCUCUUUGUCCCGACUGAUCUUUCUACGUUCUGUCCAUGGAAAGGACAUGCUUCGUACUACUCCGUUGUAGUGGGAGAAAAAACAUAUCCUAAAGCAGCGUGGUAUUAUGCCAAGCCAUACGACGCUGCCAUGAAUAUCAAGGAUCAUGUGGCUUUCUACACUAGUAAGGUCAAUGUGACGGUUGAAGACUAGCGGGUGAUAAUUAGCCACUUCGAUAUUUGGUGCAACAGCUUGGAUUUAGUGCUGGUUUCAAGUGUACAGACCAUGAAUCAUGCCCUCUAUGAAUUGUAAUUUCCGUGCAAGACUUCGAAAUAUCUCAUGCGACAACGGACUCGAAAACGGGGUCAUCGAAACAGAGCCGUCCAAGCAUCUAACAGUGACAAGUCCCUUUCGUU